UCUCUCUCUCUCUGAUCAUAUCCAUCCGCCAGCAAAUGUCACACAUCUGAUCGAAAAGUCCCUGCAGACAGGCACAUUCUUUAAAAAAAAAAACAGCGCUGCGUUGCAAUCUCCCCUUAAAAAAAAACAAUUAGCGUCCGAUAUUUUCCAGAUCUGUGUGUAACGCGAACCGAGAGAGUCCGUGUGUCUGAUCUGCAACGAGGGGGACCAGCGCGAUGUUAUUUCCUUUGCAUGGGGACUCAUUAUGAUAAAAAGCGGUUUCUAUAUUAUAGCAAAGCUAUAACGGGAGCUAUACGUGUAUUGUAAAAUUAUCUGAAACAGAAGAAGGAGGAGGCACGGAUUUUAAAUCGCCAGGUUUUUUUAUGCGCCGGUGCUGAAGACAUUAUAAUUCCAUUCAUUAAUAUAUUGAUUUAUUUUUGAAAAAAAAAGUCGCAUUACAGCUGUCUGGUUCAUAAAGGUUGGAUGGUGUGAGCCCCUCAUACCCUGCCACCAUGAGCACCAUCUCCCCUACCGACUACGACAGCACGGAGAUCCAGCAGCAAUACAAUGACAUCAACAACCGCUGGGACCUGGCAGUGGAGCAGGGCUGGGACAACGAGAACAGCUCGGCACGGCUCUUUGAGAGGUCCCGAAUCAAAGCACUGGCAGAUGAACGCGAGGCUGUCCAGAAGAAGACCUUUAACAAAUGGGUGAAUUCUCACCUGGCCAGAGUGAGCUGUCGAAUCGGGGACCUCUACACUGACCUGCGCGAUGGCCGCAUGCUGAUCCGCCUGCUGGAGGUGCUGUCCGGAGAGCAGCUGCCCAAGCCCACGAAGGGUCGCAUGCGGAUCCACUGCCUGGAGAAUGUCGACAAGGCCCUGCAGUUUUUGAAGGAGCAGAAAGUUCACCUGGAGAACAUGGGCUCACAUGACAUAGUCGACGGCAACCACAGGCUCACGCUGGGACUAAUCUGGACCAUCAUCCUCCGUUUCCAGAUUCAGGACAUCAGUGUGGAGACAGAAGACAACAAGGAGAGGAAAUCUGCCAAGGAUGCCCUGCUGCUGUGGUGUCAAAUGAAGACUGCGGGCUAUCCCAACGUGAAUGUGCACAACUUCACAACCAGCUGGCGAGACGGCCUGGCGUUCAGCGCGAUCGUUCACAAGCACAGGUCGGACCUAAUUGAGUUUGACACUCUGAAGAGGUCUAAUGCUCACUAUAACCUCCAGAACGCUUUCAAUGUGGCUGAGAAGGAGCUGGGCCUGACCAAACUACUGGACCCAGAGGAUGUCAAUGUGGACCAGCCGGAUGAGAAGUCUAUUAUCACCUAUGUUGCCACCUACUACCACUACUUCUCUAAGAUGAAGGCUCUAGCUGUGGAAGGCAAGAGAAUUGGAAAGGUGCUGGACUACGUCCUGGAGUCUGAUAAGCUGAUCGAGAAGUACGAGACCCUGGCUUCAGACCUGCUGCAGUGGAUUGAACACACCAUCAUCACGCUCAAUGACAGACAGCUGGCCAACUCGCUGAGCGGAGUACAGAACCAGCUGCAGGCUUUCAACACCUACAGGACUGUGGAGAAACCACCCAAGUUCACAGAGAAGGGCAACCUGGAGGUGCUUCUCUUCACCAUUCAGAGUAAAAUGAGAGCCAACAACCAGAAAGUGUACAUCCCGCGUGAGGGCAAGCUCAUCUCCGACAUCAACAAGGGUUGGGAGCGCCUGGAGAAAGCCGAACACGAGCGGGAGCUGGCCCUUCGUAACGAGCUGAUUCGCCAGGAGAAGCUGGAACAGCUGGCUGCCCGGUUUGACCGCAAGGCAGCGAUGAGGGAGACGUGGCUGAGUGAGAACCAGAGACUGGUGUCCCAGGAUAAUUUCGGAGUGGACUUGGGCGCGGUGGAGGCAGCCACGCGGAAGCACGAGGCCAUCGAGACGGAUAUCGGCGCGUACAGCGAGCGCGUGGCGGCCGUGGCAGCCGUGGCCAGGGAGCUGGAGGCAGAGCGUUACCACGACGUGCGCAGGGUGCUGGCGCGCAGAGACAACGUGCUGAGACUCUGGGAGUAUCUGAGAGAGCUGCUGGCCGCACGCAGGGAGAGAAUGCACAGGAACCUGGACCUGCAGAGAGUCAUGCAGGAGAUGAGCUACAUCAUGGACUGGAUGGGAGACAUGAAGGCUCGUCUCCAGUCCCAGGACUGUGGGAAGCACUUGCAUGAUGUUGAAGAGCUGUUGCAGACUCACACGCUGGUGGAGGCUGAUAUCUCCGGCCAGGCGGAACGCGUCAAAGCUGUGCGCUCCGGAGCAGAGAAAUUCACAGCCGAGGCAGAGGGUUACAAGCCAUGCGAUCCUCAGCUGGUGCAAGACAGGGCCACUCUGCUGGACGAUGCCUACCAGGAGCUGGGCAGGCUGGCCGGGGAGCGGCGGGCCAGACUGGAGGAGUCGCGGCGCCUCUGGAAGUUCGUGUGGGACAUGGGGGAGGAGGAGGCCUGGAUCAGAGAGCAGGAGCAGAUCCUGUCCACCCAGGACUGCGGGAAAGACCUGACCUCCGCACUGAGGCUUCUCAGCAAACACGAGGCCUUCCGCCACGAGAUGGGGGGCCGCUUUGGGCCCCUGGAGCAGAGUGUGCGCGUGGGGGAGGGGCUGGUCGAGGAGGGCCACUUCGGAGCCCCACAGGUUAAAGAACGCAUCGCAGAGAUCCGAGCCCAGUGGCGCCACCUUGAGGAGGUGUCCCAGCAGCGCGAGGAGAGGCUCAGGGAGGCGGUCACCCUGUACCAGUUCCAGGCCGAAGCAAACGAUAUGGAGGCCUGGAUCCUGGACACCUUGAGGUUUGUUUCCAGCCCUGAGGUGGGGCACGACGAGUACUCCACCCAGACGCUGGUCAAGAAGCAGAAAGACGUGGACGAGGAGAUCCUGAACCACAGGCCCGUCAUCGACUCUCUCCACGAACAAGCCCUGAGCCUCCCCGCCGAGCAGGCCCGCUCCCCCCAAGUGGAGGGGCGCCUCCCUGCCAUCGAGCAGCGCUACGAGGAGCUGGUGGCCCUGGCUGCUGCCCGACGACAGGCCCUGCAGGACGCCCUGUCUCUCUACUGCAUGUUCAGCGAGGCUGGAGCCUGCCAGCUGUGGAUCGGGGAGAAGGAGCAGUGGCUCAACGCCAUGGAGAUCCCAGACAAGCUGGAAGACCUGGAGGUGGUGCAGCAGAGGUUUGAGACUCUGGAACCCGAGAUGAACAACCUGGGCACUCGAAUUGAGGACGUGAACCAGAUCUCCCAGCAGCUGCUGGGCACAGAGCAGAGGCGUCAGGUGGAGGUGUGCAGCACGCAGGACCAGCUCAAUGCCAGGUGGAGAGAAUUCCAGAACCUCGCCAACCAAAAGAAAAAAGCCUUGACCUCUGCGCUCAACAUCCAGAACUACCACCUCGAGUGCAACGAGAUCAAGUCCUGGAUGAGGGAGAAGACCAAGGUCAUCGAGUCCACCCAGGGGCUGGGCAACGACCUGGCCGGAGUCAUGGCCUUGCAGAGGAAGCUGACCGGCAUGGAGCGGGACCUGGAGGCCAUCCAGGGCAAGCUGGACGACCUGAACCAAGAGGCCACCAAACUGGGGGAGGAACACCCCAGCCAGAAGCCCGAGAUCCAGGCCGGGCUCGCUGAGAUCCAGGAGGUGUGGGAGGACCUCAACAACACCAUGAAGGCCAGGGAGGAGAGCCUGGGAGAGGCCGGCAAGAUCCAGGGCUUCCUGAGGGAUCUGGAUGACUUCCAGUCCUGGCUGUCGCGCACCCAGACGGCCAUCGCUUCGGAGGACAACCCCACCUCGCUCACAGAGGCUGAGAGGCUGCUCGCCCAGCACCAGAACAUCAGGAACGAAGUGGACAACUACAAGGAGGACUAUCAAAAGAUGCGGGCGGUGGGGGAGGAGGUGACGCAGGGGCAGACGGACGCGCAGCACAUGUUCCUGAGCCAGCGCCUCCAGGCCCUGGACACGGGCUGGAACGAGCUGAGGCAGAUGUGGGAGAACCGGCGCCAUCUGCUGGCCCAAGCCUUCGACUUCCAGACCUUCCUGAGGGACGUCAAGCAGGCUGAGGGCUUUCUCAACAACCAGGAGUACGUGCUCUCCCACACAGAGAUGCCCUCCACGCUGCAGGGAGCCGAGGCAGCCAUCAAGAAACACGAGGACUUCCUGACCACCAUGGACGCCAGCGAGGACAAGAUCAGCGGCGUGGUGGAGACGGGACGCAAACUGAUGAGCGAGGGCAACGCCAACUCAGACAAGAUCCAGGAGAAGACUGACUCCAUCCAUGAGAGACAUCAGAAGAACCGCCAGGCUGCCACUGAGCUGCUGGCCAAGCUGAAGGACAACCGGGAGCUGCAGCACUUCCUCCAGGACAGCCAGGAGCUGACUCUCUGGAUCAAUGAGAAGAUGCUCACCGCUCAGGACUUGUCCUACGACGAGGCUCGGAACCUCCACAGCAAGUGGCAAAAACACCAGGCCUUCAUGGCUGAGCUGGGGUCCAACAAAGACUGGCUGGACAAGAUUGACAAGGAGGGGAAGGCCUUGGUGUGUGAAAAGCCGGAACUCGAACCUGUGGUUACUCAGAAGCUCGCUGACCUGCAUCGUCUGUGGGAGGAGCUUGAGAGCACCACCCAGACCAAAGCGCAGUGCCUCUUCGACGCCAACAGGGCGGAGCUCUUCACACAGAGCUGCUCUUCACUGGAUUCAUGGCUGAAGAACCUGUCAGGGCAGCUGCAGAGCGAUGACUUCGGGAAAGAUCUGACCAGCGUCAAUAUCCUGCUCCAGAAACAGCAGAUGCUGGAGAAUCAGAUGGAGGUGCGUGAGAAGGAGGUGGAAGCUCUCCAAAGCCAAGCCCUGGCGCUGUCCCAGGAAGACAGCAACACUGUGGAGGUGGACACCAAGCAGAGGGGGGUGCAGGACCGUUUCCAGCUGCUGCUGGAUCCCCUGCGAGCCCGGCGCAUGAAGCUGCUGGCCUCCAAGGAAGAGCACCAGUUCAACAGGGAUCUGGAGGAUGAGAUUCUCUGGGUGAAGGAGCGCAUGCCUCUGGCCACCUCGAUGGACCACGGGAAAGAUCUGCCCUCCGUCCAGCUCCUCAUGAAGAAGAACCAGACUCUUCAGAAGGAGAUCCAGGGGCACCAGCCCCGCAUAGAUGACAUCCAGGCCCACGGGCUGACGAUGAGGCGCGGGCGGGGCGAGGAGGAGGAUGGGGGGGCGGGGCCGCUGGAGGGCAGGCUGGCGGAGCUCAGAGACAUGUGGAGCCAGCUGAUCUCGGAGGGGGAGCAGAGGCACGGCCGGCUGACCGAGGCUCACAGGGCCCAGCAGUUCUACGCAGACGCAGCCGAGGCAGAGGCGUGGAUGGGGGAGCAGGAGCUGCACAUGAUGUCAGACGAGAAGGCCAAGGACGAGCAGAGUGCCACUGCGAUGGUGAAGAGGCACCAGGGGGUGGAGCAGGCCCUGGAGGACUACGCCCAGACCAUCCACCAGCUCGCCAACAGCAGCCGGCUCAUGGUGACCGGCGAGCAUCCCGAGAGCGAGCGGAUCACUAUGCGGCAGGCGCAGGUGGAUAAGCUCUACGCUGGUCUGAAGGACCUGGCGGAGGAGCGCAGAGGGAAGCUGCAGGAGAGGCUGAGGCUGUGCCAGCUCAAGAAGGAGGUGGAUGAUCUGGAGCAGUGGAUCUCUGAGCGGGAAGUGGUGGCCGGGUCCCACGAGCUGGGCCAGGACUACGAGCACGUCACGAUGCUGAGAGACAAGUUCCGGGAGUUUGCCCGGGACACGAGUGCGAUCGGGCAGGAGCGCGUGGACUCGGUGAACGCUCUGGCCGACGAGCUCAUCGACUCCGGCCACCCGGAGAACGCCACGGUGGCGGAGUGGAAGGACGGGCUGAACGACGCCUGGGCUGACCUGCUGGAGCUGAUCGACACGCGCACACAGAUGCUGUCGGCCUCCUACGAGCUGCACCGCUUCCACCAGGACGCCAAGGAGACGCUGGGCAGGAUCCAGGAGAAGAGCACCCAGCUGCCCGAAGAGCUGGGGAGAGACCUGAACACUGUGCAGCACCUGCAUCGCCAGCACACCACAUACGAGCAUGACAUCCAGGCACUGAGCGGACAGGUACGGCAGGUUCAGGAGGAUGCGUCCCGGCUGCAGAAGGCCUACGCUGGGGAGAAGGCGGAGGAUAUUCAGAAGCACGACCGCAGCGUGGCGGAGGCCUGGAGCGCCCUGCUCUCUGCCAGCGACGCCCGGUGCCAGCUGCUGCUGGACACAGUGGAGAAGUUCCGUUUCUUCAACAUGGUGCGAGACCUCAUGCUGUGGAUGGACGGGGUGAAUCUGCAGAUCGACGCCCACGAGAACCCCAGGGACGUGUCGUCAGCAGAACUCGUGAUCACAAACCAUCAGGACAUCAAGGCUGAAAUCGAGGCUCGCGCCGACAGCUUCACUUCCUGUAUCGAGAUGGGCAGCUCACUGCUGGCCAAGAACCACUAUGCUUCAGAGGAGAUCAGAGAGAAACUGAAGCAGCUGGAUGACAAGAGGGAUGAGAUCAACAACAAGUGGCAGGAGAAGAUGGGCUGGCUGCAGAUCGUGCUGGAGGUGCUGCAGUUUGGCCGCGAUGCCUCUGUUGCCGAGUCGUGGCUGGCCAGUCAGGAGCCGAUCGUUCGUACCGCGGAGCUCGGUGGAAACGUGGACGAGGUGGAGAGUCUGAUCAAGAGACACGAGGCCUUCGAGAAACUGGCAGCGGGCUGGGAGGAGCGGUUCGGACUGCUGGAGAAGCUCACCACGCUCGAGGAGCAGGACAGGAAGCGCCGGAGAGAAGAGGAAGAGAGACUGAGGAGGCCACCCACACCCCCUCCACCAGAGCCCGAGGUGGUACAACCCAUACAGGAGGAGGCACAGGACACAGACGCUGGCACGAGUUUGGACCAGACCACCCUGGACCAGUCUGUCUCGGUGAAUGGAGUUCACAGCGACCCAGAUACAUCACAGCCAGUGUCAGUGACCAUGAAACCGAGGGAUAUUACACAGUCCCGAAAACCUGCUGACUCUGAGACAGAGUCGGUGAACGGUCCGGGAAGAGAGAGGGACAGCGGCCUGGCUGCCUCCUCUGAGCCAGGGGCUCGCAUCGAACCAUUGCCCUCAGCAACGCUGCCCAGCAAGGUAUCGGAGCCGUCGGGUGGGGAGCAGAUGGAGGGGAUGCUGUGCAGAAAACAUGAGAUGGAGUCUUUCUCCAAGAAAGCAGCGAGCAGGUCCUGGCAGAACGUGCACUGUGUGCUUCGUAAAGACAGUCUUGGUUUCUAUAAGGACAGUAAGAGUGCCGCAGCUGGCAUCCCGUACCACGGAGAGGUGCCCGUCAGCCUGACGGAGGCCGUGUGUGAGGUGGCACACGACUACAAGAAGAGGAAACACGUCUUCAAACUGCGGCUAAGCGAAGGAAAGGAGUUCCUUUUCCAGGCAAAAGAUGACCCCGAGAUGAACACGUGGAUUCGUUCAAUAGCAGCCUCAAUUUCAGGCGGGAGUGCAGCGGAACGGUCCCCUAGCGCCCCCAAGAGGCUGAGUCGUGCCAUGACCAUGCCCCCCAUCUCCCCCAUCUCCCCCAACAGCGGAGAAGCAGGUGGGGUGACGAUGAGGAACAAAGAAGGCAAGGAGCGAGACAGAGAGAAGAGGUUCAGCUUUUUUGGCAAAAAGAAAUGAGGAUUUUGUGACGCAGUUAAUUUCCAGGAAACUUUCAGUUCUGUGAAGCAAGAGGACUCUGGUUUAGGGACUCCUGUGGUUUAUUUUUGUUGUAUUUUUUAUUUUUAUUUUUUUUUUAAAUCUUUUUUUUGGUUUUGGAAAGAUUUUAAAAUAUUUAAGUAUAAUGUUAUUCAAAAGAAAAAGGUGACAAUAUGUGAAACCAAAAUUAGAAAAUUCAAAACUGUAUUCUUAAAAAGACUGAGUGGUGACUGUAUGUACCCUAAUGGUUCUGGGACCAUGUCGAUUUUAACACUGGCUUCCAAAUAUAUGAAUAUAUUAGCUUGUAGGAUUUGAGAGAGAAAACGGUUUGAGAUUUGAAAAGGUUUGAACAGAGUGCAAUGGGACGUUUUGUAGAUUUGCUGUACCUUCUCUCUUCCUUUUAAAUCGUUUUUUUUUGGGGGGGGGGGGGGUACAUUUAAUUAAUUUUUUAUUUAAUUUUCAGUUUCGUUUUUUUUUCGCUGGGUUUUAAUUUUGAUUUAACUUUGUUGAGAGGCUUUUAAUAUUGUGGGGAAAAAAAGACACUAAAACAUUUUGAAAGGGGGGUUCAGGGGUGUGGGGGGGGGGGGGUACCCCUACAUAUAUUGUGCCAAUGAGCAAAGGUGGUAGGCUGGUCUUUAUUACUGUAAGAAAUAUUGCUUAGGUUAUUGUCCGGAAAUGCUUUGCUGUUACAUCAAUGCUGGUUGUUUUGGUACCUUUUAAUUUUUGCUUGUUUUAAAAAUGUCUCUCUGCAGACAAAAUACAAAAUCAACAAACUAAUGUGAUGAUUUAUUUUGAAGUUAAAAAGAUCCAAUGACUAACAUUCUGUAAUCCAGUCUCUCUGUAUAAAGGAGGCGGGGCUGGCAUAGUUGAAAGGUCACAGUGUCACAUGAUUUGAAUGGAAUGAGGAAGGCUGUUCAGUCCUGGCAGUUAGGAUUCUCCAGACAAGCUCAAAGCAGCUCUAAUCCAGGUACAGGCAGGGUUCGAGAAACAUGAUCAGAACUCGGAGUAAAUGCAGACAUCAUAAAAAUGUCAUCAUGAAAAAAUUAAAAAAUAGUCCAUUUGAGAUUGUUCUGAAAGCUAGGACUGGGUGCAGCGCUAGUGUGAGUUUAGUUGAACAGAUUGUUCUGAAAGCUAGGACUGGGUGCGGCGCUAGUGUGAGUUUAGUUGAACAGAUUGUUCUGAAAGCUAGGACUGGGUGCGGCGCUAGUGUGAGUUUAGUUGAACAUAUAACACUUUGGGUUUGUGAAACUUGUCUGUGAAAUAAGUGGGUGUAACUGUGUAAUAGUUCAUAAGCAGCAGAGCUGAAGAAAUCAAAACUUUUUAGAUGUUUGUAUGCAAAAUCUGGAGUGAUGGUUGAAACAAAAUAGAGUUUUAAUAAUUUUUUUUUUUAAAUCGCUUUACUGUGUGAACUGUACAUGAAUCUACAGUUUAAUUACCAGCGAAGGGAUAAAUACUGACUGGUUUCCAUUCCAGUACACUUCAAGCAGAUUGAUGUAUUCUUUCAAAGACUUUAGGGCUCGCAUUGCAGGCUUUACAUUCACUCUGUGAGCGUCAUUGCAGUUCACAGCUUGUACCGACAUGAAAUCGGUUAAUAGGUCUUGUACAAUAAAGGUACAAUAAAGGCAAGUUCUAGUCAAGCAGCCUUUGAGCCAGUCUACCACCUAUGUUUGGGGUUGCUAAUGUAUAUUUCUCAUGGUGGUGUGGGUAUCUAUCUUUACUAGAGCUACGUGUGUAAGAGACAGAACCACAAUACUGUGCAGGGCUCUCCAGAUUACCUUCAGGACCAAAAAAAAAAAGAAAUGUCUGUUUCAUUCUUGCUUGUUUUUGAAGGUCGUUUCUAAGGCUACAGCGAGGAAGGCAUUGGGCCUAAACACCGACUUGACAAACCAAAAGCUGUUUUGAGAGCAGUUUAUUUAACGUUGCAAAAUCGCAGCAGAAAUAUACAGAGACUAUGCCUUUCUGCUCUUAAAUGCAAGCUGAGCUGUGAGCUUUGAAGCAGGCUAAUAAACAAAAUAUUCACCUUUUAAUAAACCACCAGAAAAAUGGCUUCUUGUAAAGUAAGAGGUACCUGAUAGCGGACUUUAUUAAAUCUGUAUUUUAAUUUGUUUUUAAUACAGGGGCUGUAGCUGCAAGCCCUCUCCAUCUCCCUCUCCCUCUCUUCCUCCCCCUCCCCCCCCUCCCCCCGCCCUCCCUCUCCCCCUCCCCCUCCUCCCCUCCCUCUCCCCCCUCUCCCUCUCUCCCUCUCCCCCUCCCCCUCCCUCUCCCUCUCCCCCUCCCUCCCUCUCCCCCUCCUCUCCCCCCUCUCCCUCUCUCCCUCUCCCCCUCCCCCUCCCCCUCCCUCUCCCCGUCUCCCUCUCUCCCCCUCCCCUCCUCCCCUCCCUCUCCCCGUCUCCCUCUCUCCCCCUCCCUCUCCCCCUCCCCCUCCUCCUCCUCCUCCUCCCCUCCCUCUCCCCGUCUCCCCCUCCCUCUCCCUCUCCCUCUCCCUCCCUCCCCCUCCCUCCCUCUCCCUCCCCUCUCAUGGGUUUGGUUAAUCUUUCACUGUCUUGUUAUCCGUUCAUUCCAAACGACUGCUGUUUAUUUGAGCUCCAUUGACUGUAAUGCCACUUCCUACCAGAAGGUGGGGCUGUGCAGUUGACCAUCUUCAUUGCAGAAAGAUAUGAUGUUGACUUAUCUAUCUAUAGCGAAAUAAAAUAAGGUUUCAAAAAGCAA